GGCCCCGCCCACUUUAUGCCCCACCUCCCUCCAGCAGCAGCAGCAGCAGCGGAUCGAUUGCUCAGGCCUGAGCGCGGGGGAGAAUGGGGGAGAGAGAGCACACUCCUGUCGCUGUUUAAACCUGAGUCCAGGAUCAAUGCGUGAAUAACUGCGCUCGAGCCGAGUGUGUGUGUGUGUGAGAGCGGCAGUGUGUGUGAGGGCUCGAGUGUGUCUGGGGUUUAGGAUUUACAGGGUCGAUCCCGGGCAGAUGAGCGGCGGCAGCAGGGCUCCGAAUAAAAGGCGGCCUUUCUGCAGAAGCCCUGUGCUCCAGCAUGUAGACGCCUCCUCCUGUAGUCUUCGCCAAUGAAAAUGGAGGAGACGGCCCUGUCCGGCAUGGACAACAGCAAAAUGGAGGGCAUCGCUCAGGAGAUCCUCUCCGACCUGGUGGAGGACGCAUGUCUGGGGCUUUGCUUCGAGGUUCACCGGGCCGUCAAGCAAGGCUACUUCUUCCUGGAUGACACGGACCAAGAGAGCACGAAGGACUUCGAAAUCGUGGACCAGCCCGGAGUGGACAUCUUCGGCCAGGUAUAUAAUCAGUGGAAGAAUAAGGAGUGUGUGUGUCCCAACUGCAGCCGGAGCAUCGCAGCCUCGCGGUUCGCCCCUCACCUGGAGAAGUGCCUGGGCAUGGGGCGCAACAGCAGCCGCAUCGCCAACCGCAGGAUAGCCAGCGGCAACAACACAAACAAAUCCGAGAGCGAUCAGGAGGACAACGAUGACGUUAAUGACAACGACUGGUCCUAUGGGGCAGAAAAGAAAGCCAAGAAGAGAAAAGCAGAUAAGGUAUUUUUACAUUCUUUGAAACGUCCUGUUCCAUUGAAUCCAAACUCACCGAGACGAUCGAAGUCACUAAAACACAAAAACACCAAAGAUCUGUCUUCGUCCUUCAGCUUCGCUGGAUCCUAAGCAGCGUCCGGAGUGAAGUUGUUGCCUGGAGACCGGUUUCCGCAGCAGCGACCUCACCGAGAGCUACCCAUGAUGCCGAGCGGUUCAACUAUAAGGACGAAAACGAGAAACUUAUCAGCGUCGAAUCUCUAUUCAUUCGGUUUACACAACUGUUUUGUUUUUUUGUUUUUUUUUUCUGGAAUAUUUGCACAACGAAUCAGUGUCCUUGUGUCGAUCGUGUAGCCGCGAAACGAACAGCGAGGACGCCGUCGGGCAGAAACGGGCGAACGAAGCAGCUCUGAUGUGACUUCGCCGCCUGAACCUGCUGGAACGAACGGCCGGGAGAAGAAGCGUGAUCAAGAUCAAUCUUAAUGCUGCUUAUUUCACUGUUUUUUAUUGUUUUGUUUUUUCACGGUUUUAGUCACAUGUUUUUGUGCUGAACCAUGACGCAGAAAGACUGAACUGUCUUGUGCUUUGAGUAAUUCUGAUCAUGUAAUUGUACCAGAGACUCGACUAUUACGAACAAUAUCUGGCAACUUGAAACACACACGUAUUCCUCUUUGGAGAAUGAAUGAAUUUCCACAUUUCUCAGAUUUUUUUGUUAUUGUUGUUCUUGUUGUUUUAUUAGUUUUUUUCCCCUUAUCUCUGUGUACUCGAUGUUUACAGUGUAAAGUAAUUAUGUCUUGGCUGUGUUGUAACUGUACAUAUAUUUGACUCGUUGAGGAAAAUGCUGCUACACUGGCCAUGAGCCACAUGCUUACAGGCAUGUCACACACACACACACACACA